GUGUCAAUCAGUCACCUCUUUGCCAAAAAUGAUCAGAAUUUAUUUUUCAGAAAAAUCUUUUUCAAUGUACCAAACAUGCCCUUGGCUGUUCUUUUCACUAUAAGCCGCCUCUCCUUCUCAAUAUUGCCGGUUUGCCUUAUCCUAGCUCAAUUCGUUUUCCUUUCGUACCUCGAAUCCAUCGCCGUCAAAUCACAGCUUCUUCUUCGCCGGCGGCGGCUAUGGCGUGUGUGCCUAAUUCACCGAUGACUCUUCUCUUCGUCGAAAUGGGCGUCGGCUACGAUCAACACGGUCAAGACGUAACCUCAGCUGCUAUGCGAGCCUGUAAAAAUGCAAUUUCAUCCAAUUCAAUACCAGCGUUUAGAAGAGGAUCUAUACCUGGAGUUUCAUUCGAGCAGAUGAAAUUGCAAAUCAAAUUAGGUGUUCCUCGGCCUCUACAUCACACUCUAGAUCUGGAGAAAGUGAAAUCAGUGUUUCCUUAUGGAAGAAUCUCGAAUGUUGAGGUCGUUGAUGGCGGAUUGAUAUGCUCCAGCGGUGUUCAAGUUGAAGAAAUGGGAGAUAAAAAUGACGAUUGUUACAUUGUCAAUGCUGCUGUCUAUGUUGGUUACUGAUCCAUUUUCGAGAUUAUUCGAAUAGUUGAAUUGAUAAUUUUGUUCAAAAUCGAAUCGUAACGAUAGUUCAUAUUUUAUAGCAAUUUUAUUUGAUUAAUGUAUGUCUUUGAUUUUAGGUUAUGUUAAUUCGAGUUUGAGUUUGAAUUCGAA